UUGCGAUGGUGAUUCAGUCUGCGGGUUUGUUUUGGUCCGUUCGCACGUGUGUAUGGUGGAAGGUGUGCACGGUGCAAUCAGCAAGCAUAGUGUCUUGCCUGACUAGACGGUACGCGGUCGUCUCGGUGGUAAUGUUGAAUCAAACGUAUUUUACUGGUAUUUGUAAUAUGAUCGCCAGUGUAGGUGUGCUUUGAAAUCAAACAGAACUAAGGUGGUGAUCUUGCACGAUCAAGUGGAUUACUAAAUCGAAAUUAUCGGAAUUUUGGACAUGUUAAAGUAAAUUUAAAUUUAACCGUCGUGAACUGUGUGCAACAAGGGGAACGAAGUUGUUGGAGUGAUCUACAAGAACGUCAGAGAAGGCCUAAUUACAGACGGAUUAAGAUCUGGUGUCGAUCACAAUACCAAACACGCCCCAAAAAGGUGGAUCGACAACAUAGCUCAUCGGAUAGGAUAUAACAACGCUCAACGAAACAUGAAUCGUCUACUAGUCGGAGCCCUAAUUGGGGUGGCGCUUUUUAGAACCGCGCUAGGGAUCCUGUGCUAUCAGUGCUCGUCGGCCCACUCGAUGUACUGUUCCGAUAUGUUGGUGGCGGACGAGGCGUCUCCAUUCAAGCCGGAACCGUGUGACCACGUGUUCGAGGCGGAGUACUGUGUCAAAUCGACGGCCAUGCACGGUGGCAUCGGGGCCAAGCGGUACUGCUCGUCGCGCGAUCUGGGUAACUACUGCAACUACGUGCGCAAUCCGGGCGACCAGAUCGAGUACCGGUCGUGCAUCUUCACCUGCGAUACCGACGGCUGCAACGGUGCUUCCAGUGUGUUCAGCUUCCAGAGGCAGCUCACGCUUGGGGUGGUGUUUGGAACGGCGGUGGCGUUCUGGACACGGUUUGCCAGGCAGUAGUGGGACGACGUGGUGCCAGAAGGAGGAAUGACCGCCAUAUCUCUUGAAUUCGGGUCCCGUUGCUCUACCUAAGUUUGCAUUUCAUACACGUUCAUCGUGUAGCUUUUCUGAGUUUAGUCUAUGAUAAGUUUAACGAACAUUCCGUCCUGACUUGGUUCUGCUAAUACUGAAUCUUAAAUCUAAGCCGUCCGCGAAAUAGUUUCUAGUAGAUGACAAACCUCUUUUAUUGUGUACAUCGAGAUAUUGAGUUUAGUGUAUGAUUAUAGAUGGACAA